UACAAUGGUCGCAUUUACGAAGUUUUCGCUAGUUUUCCUAGUGGUUUUGGCCUUCUGCCUGACUGAAGUUUUCGCUCAACAUCCAACUCGUCAGGAGGCGGAGGAGAACAUGUCCAAGUUCAUGAGUACUCUCCGCCAGGAGCAGUUGGGUGCCGACUCUCCUCGAUUCAACGAUGUUUUGGGAAACGCCAGGACCAUAAUUCAGUAUCAGGACCAUGGAUUCAUUGGAGUUCGCAGUAUUUUCCAGUGGAUGACCAGCCCGAAUCCUCGCAACGAUGGCGUCUAUAACUUCCUCCAGUUCUACACCUCGGAAUCGAGUGGAUAUAUUGGACUGCAGAACUACGAAAAGAGCUCCAAGUACACGGUUCUGUUUUCCGUUUGGGAUGCCUCGGGUGCGGUUCCAGGUGAUAAUUUCGAGUGCAGCACCUUUGGAGGCGAGGGCAUCGGCUACAAGUGCUUCAAUGGUACUUUUCCGCUGAUCAGCAAUGCCAUAUACUUCCUGGAUGUGCAGAUCGAGGGUUCUAAGUUCAGGGGUUAUAUUUCUGAGCCCCAGGAGAAUCUGGAUAGUGUAACCAGUGACCAGGUGACCCGUCAUCUAAUUGGAGAAAUCACCACACCUCAUAAAGAGCUGACCAACCUUAUACCCUUCGGUUACUACAAUGAGAACUAUCGGGAUAAGGAUAGAUGCAGCGAAGCCUUUGAACUUGUCACCGUCAAUCAGGCUCCUCAUCAGUAUACUCUGCAUGGUCAUGCAAACACUAAGUUUACCGAGGCUUACCUCUAUAAUUCGGAGUGUGAGGUGGAAAACAUUUUGGUGGCCCUCACGGCGGACAAAAAGAGCACUAUAUACUUCACCAGACCUACUUCUUUGGAUCUGUAAAAUACAAAAUACACCAAGAAUUAAUAAUGUACUAAAAACAGUUAAUGAAUUCGGAGUACUUAUUGGUUUGUAUUGAUUUUUUUAUUACAUGUAACAUUGAAUACAUUUAAGCAAGAAUAGAGUGUUAAAUUCGAAAUUAAAAAUAAAUAUUUAUUAAAAUACUUGAAACAUA